CCACACCCCGCGAGGCGCCGGAGGCCCGAGGACGAGCCCAGGCGGCGAGGUCCGCUCUUCAGCCUGGAAGGGACUGGGCAUAUCAGGGGAAGGGGAGCUGCUGUACAAAUCGCUGUGUGCAGGACCUUGGAGAACAACACCAACACUGGAAACACUUCUUCCUCCAGGGCGUCAUCUUGGGAUCAAGCUAUGGUGAAAGAUGUUUCGCAAAGGCAAGAAGCGGCACAGCAGCAGCAGUUCCCAGAGCAGUGAAAUCAGCACAAAGAGCAAGUCUGUGGAUUCCAGCCUUGGGGGUCUUUCAAGAUCCAGCACUGUCACCAGCCUUGAUACAGACUCCACCAAAAGCUCAGGACAAAGCAACAGUUUAGACACGUGUGCCGAGUUUCGAAUAAAGUAUGUUGGUGCCAUCGAGAAACUGGACCUGUCUCAGGGGAAGAGUCUCCAAGGACCACUAGACCUGAUAAACUACAUAGAUGUCGCCCAGCAAGAUGGAAAGUUGCCUUUUGUUCCCCUGGAGGAGGAGUUUAUUCUGGGCGUUUCGAAGUAUGGCAUAAAAGUCUCAACCACAGAUCAGCAUGGUGUUCUGCAUAGGCAUGCCCUGUAUUUAAUCAUCCGGAUGGUGUGCUACGACGAUGGCCUAGGAGCCGGGAAGAGCUUGCUGGCACUCAAGACCACAGAUGCAAGCAAUGAAGAAUACAGCCUGUGGGUUUACCAGUGCAACAGCCUGGAGCAAGCCCAAGCAAUCUGCAAGGUCUUAUCCACAGCCUUUGACUCUGUGUUGACAUCUGACAAGUCCUGACCUCUGUAGUCCCAUGGAAACUGGCCCAUCUGAGAGCUCGCCUGGUCCUGCAUCUUUCUGCUUUGGAUCUGCAGUGGUGACCUAUGAGAGGGCGUAAAGCCCCGACCCAGUGUUCUAAAGGAAGUGUAACGUGUGAAAUAUCAGUGGCCACGCAAAGGUGUCAGGAACAGUAGGAUAACUUCCAAUAAAUUACCUACUUUCUGGGCUAAAAGGAAACCUUGGGGCUGGACAGAUGGCUAAGAGCACUUGCAGAGGACUUGGGUUCAGUUCCCAGCACCCACAAGGUGGCUCAAAACUGCCUGUGACUCCAGUUCCAAGAGAGCUAACUUCCCCUUCUGGC